AAAGUUUGUGUCGAUCGGCUCGCAGUCGUCCGCUCACCUAUUGUUCGCAGUUCUCUCAUGUGACAUUGAAAUGUUAUCGGAUAAUUUGGAGAAUGAGUGCCAGGAACGCGAAUACUUUGAAAAUCAGUAUCACGAGCUUAUUGCUAAGGCCCGUGGUUUACUUGGUGAGCAGCCCUCUCAUCGGCGUGAGCUUCAGGAUGGUUCCGUGGCAAGUUUCGAGGAUGUAAAGGCAGGUGGUUCCAAAUUUAACUGUGUUAGAUUGCCAAAAAUUUCAAUACCCACUUUUCAUGGUCACUAUCAACAUUGGCUGGAAUAUAGGGACACAUUUAUAUCUUUAAUCCACUCAAGGUCUGAUAUAGAUGACAUUAAUAAAUUGCAUUAUCUGCGUGCGUCUUUAAAAGAUAGUGCUUUAUUGGUUAUUGAUAGUUUAGAUGUAAAAGGCGAUAAUUAUGCGAACGCUUGGAAAUUAUUAUGCAGUAGGUAUGACAACAAAAGAUUACUUGUAAACAAUCACGUACAGGCUUUAUUCAACGUAGAACAAAUACAAAAAGAAUCUUCUCAGUCUAUUCGUCACCUCAUAGACAUCACAAAUAAAAAUUUACGUGCUCUGUCAACAUUAGACCAGCCCACUCAGUAUUGGGACACCUUAAUCAUUCAUAUGAUGGCUGAUAAGCUCGAUACAACUACUCGUAGGGAAUGGGAAACACAUAGAAAUUCCCUGAAUAAUCCACCGCCACUUGAUAUUUUUAUGACAUUCCUUAGCAAUAGAGCAGAUUUAUUAGAAACAUUACAAGAAAGCAAAAUUAUAAAAUCACAAAAAUACGAUUACAAUAAAUCUAACACAAAUUUCCUUGCAGAUGUAAAACAUAAUCAAAAUUCAAAUUAUAAUAUAAAUAAAGCACAAAACGUUUAUGAAAAAGUAGUAAAUUGUCCUAUGUGUAAUCAAAGUCAUUUCUUAUUUAACUGUGAGACAUUCAAAUCUCUUUCUAUUGAAGAUCGUAUAAAAAAGGCUAAGGAUGUUAAGGUAUGUCUUAAUUGCUUACGGCCAGGGCACAUGGAAAACAGAUGUAAUCUUGUUUCAUGUAAAUAUUGUAAAAAAAGGCAUAAUACGCUUUUGCACUUACACACAACGGAGCCUACUAAGCCUAUUGUUUCAGUAAAUAACUUUGCUAAUUCGACUAAUUUAAAACAGUUAACUACUCCUCCACUCGUCUUGCUUUCCACAGCGCGAGUGAAGGUGGACGACAGCAAGGGCGUCGAGCACUUAGCCAGAGUAUUGCUAGAUAAUGGCAGCACUGCUAACUUCGUUACGACUUCUUUCUGCGGUAAGCUGGGUUUGUCUCGACGUAACGAGAGCGCCACGGUGACAGGUAUUAACAAUAAUAUUUCAAAAAGUACACAGUCUUGUAGUCUUACUAUAAAGUCUCUCUAUAACGACUAUAGUGCUACUAUCGAGUGUCACAUUUUACCUCAGAUUACCGAAGCCUUACCAUCUUCUUUUAUCAAUAUUAAGGAUAUUCCAAUUCCUUCAGAAUUAAAUUUAGCUGACUCAUCUUUUAAUAAGCCUGCAACUAUAGAUAUACUAGUUGGGGCCGACGUUUUCUGGUCAGUCUUAGGAAAAAAUUCUAUUGAUUUAGGUAAACAUUUACCUAAACUUUAUGAAACGAAACUGGGUUGGUUGGUACUUGUCUCGUUUCUGGGAAUUAGAUUCGGUAACAACUGUGCACUCUAUGUCUCCGGAGGAACGUGCCUGUGA